UAACUUCCAUUGUAUGGAGGAUUGGUUUAAGCUUUAUUGAUAGCAAAAUAACUAAUAAGAUAUGCAAUCGGCUCUAAGGCCAUUACAGCAUGUUGUACAGGUGCAUAAAAAAGUUAUCAGUAUAAAGAGAAAAGAGAAAGAAGAAAGAAAAUCUAUAACAAUAACAAUAGUAAUAAAUUCAAGAGAAAUAUAUAUAAAAAUAAAAAUAAAAACAGAAGGAAAAAAGAAAAAUAUAAUAGGCCAUGUGAUGUCGAGCGAAUGAGAAUGAAAAAUAAGAAAGCGGCCAACGGUUGAUUUGCCCUUUACCAUCUCGGGCUUUUCUCAAUAAAGUCACUCACACGAUCUAUUAUCAACUGAGAAGUCUCUGUGUUGCUAGUCGAAAUGUUCAACAUGGGAAGUUCAAUCGACAAAUUAAUAGAAUCUAGAUGUUCGAUGGCCUCCUUUCGAAUUGUAUCAUACAAUUUGCAGUGAAGAAGAAAAUGCUCUAUUGUCUCCUCGCUAUCGUCACCACAGGAGCACAAAGGCGAAUUGAUGUAACUCCGUUCAUAUAAAUAGGAAUUCAGCUGCGGGAAAAUUACAUUUCAAGCGCAUGAACAUGGUUUCAGACCUUCUGUUUGGAAAAGUGAUGUGCUUAGGAAAAACAAGCAGCUCCCUUUUAUCAAUAAACGAUUUUUUCAGCUUGUAUUUUAUUGUAUUAAUUUUUAAGACACACAGAGACAGACAUGUUAUCAAGAAAGCAUUCCAUUCAUCUGUGGCUACCGAAAAAGAAUUUCUAACGCGUUCAACUGGUACCAGUCGUCCACUAUUUCGUAGAUUAUACCUCUGAUUUUGGUGUCGCUGAAUGUAAUCAGUUAAAUUAGAUGCAGUGAAACUGCGUAUAAUUUUUGCAUAAAGUGUCAGACGAUUGAUGUAAAAGAUAUCGCAUAGUUUUAACCAUCCCAAACUAGAUAAUACUCGUUCAGUUGAUGUCUCUUUCAUGCAACCUAACACAACAAGAUCAGCAUGGUACUGAAUUAUUUCCAUCUUUUUGAGAUUGUCUUCAGUUGUGAUAGAAAAAAGGACAGAGCCAUAAAUAAAUAAAUUAAGGACAUACGACUUAUAUAUCACAUCAAGCGUUUUUCUAUUCAACAACCAUGAACUGUAUUUCAUAAGACCGACAACCGAGCUAGCUCGUGAACAAACUUUAUUGAUGUGAGUUGUCCAACUAAGAUCAUAAGAUAAAUUAAUACUUAGAUACUUUACAAUCUCGAAUUCUUUGAUCGAAUUUCCACUAAGAAGAAGAGGAGGCAACUGUAAAGUCCUUGAGCUAUACCAACGACUAGAGAACAUUAUCGAUUCGCAUUUUUUGAAAUUAAGAUUCAAGCCCCACGACAUGGAGGAUUAAUUUUCAAAAAGAGUGUGUUCGACUUAUUUUGUCCAGGAGGAUAUAUUAAGACUAAACAUCAUACAAAAAUGGAUAACAUGUCUAUUUAGGUCGUACAACAUUAAUUGUUGCUCAUCGUCUCUCGACAAUUUCUCAUGCUGAUCUAAUUAUUGUUCUUAAAGAAGGUGAAAUAGUUGAACGUGGUGGUCAUGAAUAUUUACUUCAACUAAAUGGUGUCUAUGCUAGUAUGUGGAAUGAACAAUCGACAAGUUAUUUGGAGCCAACACUCAAUACCGACGAAGUAAAACAAGAUGAAGAACCAUUAGUAAAUCUGGAUGAUAAUCCACAUAAAUAA